CCCCAUCUUCCGCUGGAAACCCUGACAAACAACCGAGCAGAUCUCAUUCAACGAGGCGAGUCGUACAAUAACCCGGUGCGUAUGGUCAAGGAUAACUACGAGGAAGCCAUGGUCGGUGGAUGGAUGAUUCUAAAUCCGGCCAAGAAUAUCGAGCAAAGCAAGGACCUUGCUCACGAGGUUCAGCCGAUCCCGGAUAGGUUUCAGCAGCGCUAUCCGAGAAUAUCUGUCCUGCAUUCCGUCUCGUUUUUCUGAUGCACUCGUCUUUUUCUACCCUUUAGAUUUUUUUUCUUCUAACAUUAAUAAACUCAUCAGAUAUC